UAAAUGUGCUUUUGGGUUCGUUGCUUUUUGUGCCAGUGCCAUUCGAGAAUGGGAGAAGCAAAAUUAUAGUCUCCGCAUUAUCUUGUAUCUCAGUUGAAAUAGGCCAUGUCAAUCAUUGCUCAAAAUUCUACUUCUUGCCCAACUUUUUGUCAUUUUUGAGCUGGAAUUACUGUUCGAUUUUCAUCAUUUAAGUGCAGUCCAUGAAUUUUUGAUACUUUGGUUCGCCCUAUUGUGCCUAUCAACAUUUACAAUGACUACCAUUUUGAAAGCUAUGUUAAAACUUGGAUUAAAGUCGCCACCUGAAGACACCCCGGACGUCAUCAUUACUUGUUUCUCCCCUGUAUCUAAGACUUUCCCAAUAUUAUUUCCAGUAUCAGGAGAGAAGGUAUCAGCUAUUUGUACCGUGGCAUUGGACGGUUACGUUGAAGUAUGGUCAAAUGACGGUAAGAGAAAGCUCGGAAAUAUUCCGUUGCAUCAAGAGCAAUUGAUAGCAGCUGAUGUAUUCUCUCGGGCCUACAACAACGAAGAGUUCCUAUUUAUUGUUAGUCAGAGUCGCCAUGGUGGACUUGCAAUAAAUAAAUAUGUCACAGAAGAUAGCAGUACAUCUCCACCCCCAUUCACCGUGCUCACAACAUAUGCUCCCCAUAUUGGUUUUUGCACUCUACAAGUACAUAGGGACCUGAUUUUCUUCCCCUAUGGUUAUGAUAAAAUUGGGGUAAUCGGAAUAUCACAUCUGAAACAAUCAGAAGAAGAAAGCAGCACAUUGCCUCCACUGCUGAAAACUGAAUAUGUGAAAUGUAUGAUCAUGUUUCUGAAACUGGUAUCCCUUACUGAUGGAGAAGAAUUUUUGUUGUACGGAACAGAGGAGGGAACACUGAAGAUGUCUAAUGUCAUUCGCGUAGUCAGUGACAAUGGAACGGAACAAGUGGUUUUGAUUCCUUGGCAAAACAACCUGAAUCUCAACCAUAAAACGACCCUCGGAAUGCCAGAUCGACAGCAAUCGGACCAGACUUCAGACGAACUAAUAAGUCCCCUGUGUUCCGCAUUUUAUCCUCUCGUAAACAAGGUUGUGGUUGGGACAAACAAUGCCUUCAUGUAUCCCAUUCUUUUAAAUCAUGCCACCAAGGUCCUUGAAUUCGGAGAUAAAAUAGCAGUUCCAACAAAGGGUACAGGGGCUAUGGAUGUCCACCCAAAUGGUCGGCUUCUCGUGACUGGAGGAUGGGACGGGGUCAUCAGAAUUUACAAAACUGGCUCUUUGACCUUCAUUCAUCAACUUCGAUAUCAUUCAGAGCAAAUAACUAGCAUAGUGUUCUUUAGUCCCAUGGCUGAUGAUCUGUCCAAACGCUACACAAUACUAGCGAGCUCAAAAGAUAAACAAGUUACGCUUUGGAAUCCGACUGAAAAGAUAAAUGCUGCGUGCCAGGAGUAAUUUUAUAGUGGUAUUAGCAAAUUAUGUUAACCAUGCUUUUUAAACUUGUGCUCAUCCUAAAAAUUUAAUGUAUUAUAUGCAACGUGUUACCUAUGAUCUUAGAAAAACUGUGAUUACGAUUUGUGAUGGCCAGUAUAUCAUGCUUUUAGUCAUGAUUAUUACUUACUGUGUUGAUAAGCCAUAUUUAUGUAGGUGCUGCUUUUAUUGCUACAACGAAUGAAUAUUGUAAUAAGUGUGUAUGCUAUUUGUUACUCAUUCGUAAGCACUGAAAGUACAAAUCGAUAUUUAAUAUUAUGCUUUUAUGCAAACUAUUUUUACAAAUCAUAUACAUUGCAAUAACAAUUCAGGAAAUUAGCAUUAGUAUUUUCUAGUACUUGUUCGAUUAUGGAGGAAAGAAGCUAAUUAAGGGAAAUUAUAUUUUGAAUGACGUACUUUUUUUGUCACGUUUUUUACAAAGUUGUUUUUAAUUCAAGCCAUAUUUUGUAAUUUCAUAUUUUGUACUUUCAGAACUUUCCUAAUUGUGCUGUAUUAUUAUUUUAUUCUUAUGUAAUAAUUAUUACACGAAUUAAUCCAAUUUAAUAUCAAUAACCUUCAAAUCUCUAUUCGUAUUACUGAAAGAACUACUAAAAUGCCUACAAGUUUUACCUUAAUUUGUUACAUGUCGUUUACAUACAAAAUUGUCCCUUGUUUGUGAGUUAUAGCUUAAUUCAAGUAAAAAUAUAUUCUAGGAUAAGCAUA